GCUGCCUGAAGCUCCGAGUGGGAACCGCAGAACAACAGGGUCUCUUGGUAUCGACAACACCAUCCACUUCGUAAUCUACGCCUCGUCUCUCAACCUCAUCCCAAUUGAUUGCCUUCCACUUUCUAGUACCCUUUCACACACCGCCAUCAUGGAUACUCUCGUCGCACAAUACAGCCAGCCUAUGUUCGAGAAGGAGAACCACGGCGAAGAUGACCAGAUGGAGCUCUAUCAACCUGCACCCAGUCUAUCCCUGAAGUUCGCCAUGCCGCCAGUUGCUCAAGUACGUCUUGUCCAUCACCCGGAUGUUUCUGAUAACCCCAAAAUUCCGCUUCAGUCAAGCUACAAGAUAUGCUAACAUGUAUUCCCAUUUAGCCCUCAGCCUGGCUUCGCGCAGCAACUGACGACCAUGCCAAUCCAAACUGCCCCAUCAAAAUCGCACACGGUACCACUACACUCGCAUUCAGAUUCCAAGGAGGGAUUAUUGUAGCUACAGAUUCGAGAGCAACAGCAGGAAACUGGAUUGCGAGUCAAACGGUUAAGAAGGUGAUUGAGAUCAACAGCUGUUUACUGGGCACGAUGGCUGGUGGUGCUGCUGUGAGUGAUUACUUGUUCCAUUUUUGGCUUUGGAAUGCACGAAAUUGGAAUACGAAGCUGAUGCGAAGGAAUAGGAUUGUCAAUAUUGGCUCGCAUACUUGGGAAUGCAAUGUCGAUUGCACGAACUCCGUCACAAACGCCGAAUUUCGGUGGCUGCUGCUUCCAAGAUCCUCGCAAAUCUGGUCUACUCAUACAAGGGAAUGGGGUUGUCUAUGGGAACUAUGUGUGCCGGUGUCACUCCAUCCGAAGGUCCCGCGCUCUACUACAUCGAUUCCGACGGAACACGAUUAGCUGGCAACUUAUUCUGUGUCGGAUCUGGUCAAACCUUCGCAUACGGUGUGUUGGACGCAGAGUACAGAUAUGAUUUGACUGAGCAGGAGGCUUUGGAGUUGGGCAGCAGAAGUAUUUUGGCCGCUACUCACAGAGAUGCGUAUUCGGGAGGUUUCAUCAACUUGUAUCAUGUAAAGGAAGACGGAUGGGUCAAGCACGGUUUCAGCGACACCAAUCCCAUAUUCUGGAAGACGAAGUUAGAGAAGGGCGAGUUCUCGAACGUGACGAGCGAGAUGGUGUAAGAUGGAAGGGAAUGUUAAAUCCGAGAAUCUUUUCUUUACAUGUCUCAAUAGCAAGCAUACAUGGGGUUUGCGUGGAGAGGCUCUGCGAGUGGCCGUGUAUACUACUGCUUUACUUCUCGGGUGGUAAUAAGUAUGAAACCCUUCGGGUUGCAGCACGUUCUUUUUUCCUUUUCAUCUUUUAUUUGGUGACCUAUUAAUCGUAUAAAAUUCUUCGCUUUAUACUUGAGCUUAUCUGGGACGGUAUUGGUGAUAAGUCAGAUUUCCUUGCAGGAAUCAGUCCUUUGACUGCCGUCAAAUGGAAUCUCCAAUUCUCGCGCAGUUUUUUGUUCAUUCUCUUCUAUGUCCAUGCCAAGGUAAAAACAAAGCAAAAAUCACCGCUCCCUAAAAUCUGGGAUGAGGUUACAUUUGUCUUUGAUGAUAAUUUUUACUUCAUCUUACAAGUUCUCG